AUGCCUCUGAAGUCCUCAGUAUUUGCAAGUGCCUGCAGGCGUCCAACCUGGCUUUCAGAGCACAGCAUGCUGAGGUUACUGCUGGACGACAUCAAACUUCUGGACAGGCCUAAGUUGCAGAGCUAUAAAUACCGGCAACAGCCCAAACGGUGCGCACUUCGCUUUUGGCCGAGUUGGCAGCUGAAGGAGAGUGCUCGGAGCCCAGCUCUCUAUCCAAGGACCGAUCUCACCCAAGUUCUCUAUGGGCAGUUACUUAGGCGAGGCCAUCGGAAGAAGGCGGUGAUGGGUGCUCUCACCUCCAUGAUGUCCCGCAGCUCAGGGUCCGCAGUGGUCACAGUCACUGUCAGUGUGGCGCGGGGGCAGCCAGUGCCGCCCACGACGCCCAGCUGUGUCCCGAACUGCAGCACAGAGCAGACGGUAAGAGCGUGGGAACUGCACGAGCAAAGUGAGACACUGAAGAUCACAAUGGUAAUUAAUAGCCAAAAUUGCCACAAUCCAUCUGUACUUGGAACUCUGAAUUCUCUGCAGCACUCUCUUCCUGUGGUGAGCAAUGCAGCUUCCCUAACAGCAAGUGUCUGCAACUUCUCCAGAGUCUCUGCUCCUGCCGUCAGUUCGGCAUCAGCUACGGCCACCUCUUUCCAGACACACAUGGGUAGUGCCUACCUUCACCAACAUUCUAGCACAACUAUGUUAUCUGGAGUUACUGACCAGAGCCAGAUCUCCACUUCAGCUGCUUCCUAUCCAGGUGUUUUUGAGUGGGGCAUCACAGGAAGCACUGAAAAGAAUUCUUCUUCACUCGGAGACUUUACUCUGGCACUCACUGACCAGCACACAGCUGCUUCCUCCAUGUUUAUGGCAGCCCAGUAUGAUAAAACUGCAGACACCAAUAACAUGGCCCCUCUAUAUCCAUCACUUUCUGCCAGCCUUGCUCAGGGAACACCAUCUCAGAUUCCAAAUCAGGGACAUAGCCUGUCACUUCCCUACCAGGAAGGAAGCCAGGUAUAUUACUAUAACCACGGCACACUGGGGUCUUUACUGUAUGGAGAACUUGGCUCCUGCCUGCAGUCCUAUGGUUCUGUGUCAUACACAGGAAGUAGGGCCUCUGUGCAACCAGAAAUGGUAAUGGUACUAAAGGAGAUUCAGCCCACCAAUAUCUUACCACCAGCUUCCACCUCUGGAAUCUACUACCCUGUGUCUGCUCACCACAUCACAGAAACAAGUUUUCAAGGGAUGGAGACUUCCCUGGUGAUGAAAACUUCCCUGGGAUGGCAACCUCCAAUCCAGACAUUUUGUGUGACACAAACUCAAGAACUCCCCGAGUCCUGCAGGAGCAGAAGUAUUCAGAUACUUGAGAGAAAUCCACCACCCGAACUUGGGGACAUUUCAGGGACAGCUCCAGUCCAGAGUGCCAGUAGUCUCCUGGCCCUGCCUCCAGCUCCAAGGCAGGGACAAAUAGAGAGUAAGAACUUGGAGGAUAUUACAACCAAGCUUUCAAAGCCUCUGGAUGCCUACCAGAUCCCAAGAGAAAACCAAGAGCUUCCACUACUCCCUUCAGAAAUCCCUGAUAUUCACCAGCUCCCGGGCUGCACUGACCCCGUCAGCCAAGAGGAGCAGCCUGGUUCUGAAAACGCUCAUCUGGGAAAGGACAGCCUGAGUCUUGAGGACCUAGGGACACUUGAAAAUGGGAUGGAAUCUAGCAGUGGUUUUGCAGACACUACUACACUGGCGGAGCAUAUUCACCUUCCCCAGCUCUUUAAUUCAUUGAAAGAUCUUCAUCAAUCCAAAGGUCCCAACGUGAUCAAAGCCAAAGACACCUGGGUCAUUAAAGUGAAUCAGGUGCAGGAAAAGCCAAGUGUCAUAAAGGAUCCCUCUGAUCAACCCGGGAAGAACAAACAUAAAGCCUCUGAGCCUAUCAGUGGUGCUCCCAAGGCCAAGAUCCAGCCCAAGAAUCCACAGUGCCUGUUAGGGGGAGAAGUGGUUCUAUGCAAUGCUGCAGUCAGUGACAGGGCUCCUGUGAACACGGCCAAGCAUUCUAAAGGCAAACCUCAGAAAGCUGCAUCCAGAAAGAUCAGCAAAACUAAGAGCCACGGGCAGGAAAAGACCACAAGGACCAGAGGAAGAAAGAAGGCUGAAGAGAAGAAGCAGUCAGGGAACAAAGUCAAGGCAGAAGAGAAGCCAACAAUUCCCAAGACGAAGCGAAAGGAACACCAAACUGAGCUUAUCCACGAGAGCAUUAAAAAGCCUCGAACCUCCCUAGGCAUGCGCAUGCUGGAGUCUGUGAAGGUUUUUCAUGCACUGGGGAAGAAGAAUGAUAAGAAAACUGGGCUCUCUUCCUGUCGGGUCUUGGGAAAUUCAAGCAACCCUAAAGACCCCCAGCCACCCCCAGCUAUCCAGCCAUGGCGGCGUACCCCACGUGAGGGUAAGAGUCCUGAGAAAACUCAAGUCGAAGCCCAGAAACCAGACAGCAGUGCUGAAAAACAGUGUCCAUCUCCAUCCCAGUAUGAGCUGCCUCCACCUGAGAAGGUCAAGUUUUCUGCCUGGGACAAGCCUCAAGCUCGACCUGCUCCUCGGAGGCCACAGUCUCUGGCCUCACAUCGGCCUGCUGUGGCGGACCGUGCCCAGCCUGCUUCUUCUAACUCAGCUCAACCUGCUGCAGCCAGUUCAUCCCAGCCAGCUCCUGCCUCUUUGCCAGGUCCUGCCAAACCAGCUCAGCCAACUGUGACCAACCCAACCCAACCGGGUUGGACCGCCCAUAUCCAUCCUUGUGUCCCUCAGUCUGCUGCUCCUAGGCCUGCACCCUACAAAACUUCAUCUUUCGCUUCUCUCCAGCGGGAGCCUCUUCCCCCUGCUGUGACUAAGCGCCAGUUCCCACCCAAGCUCCAAACCCCAUUUCUACUCCAAGACUUCAGCAAGCAACGAAGACCAUGGAGGGAACCCAACGUUUCUGAGCCAGUCAUGUCAAAGCCCAUCGAACUAGAGCAGAGACCAGAGCGGGAGGCCAUGAAGAGGCGGGCUCAACAAGAACGUGAGAAUGCCGCCAAAUACACCUCUUUGGGGAAACUGCAAGUUUUCAUUGAGAGGGAAAAAGAAAUGGCAAUUGCUGACUACUACGGAUAUUUAUAG